CGACAAUCUACAAGUCGCAUCAUCUCUCCUAUACUCUGGUUAAUAACUAUACUGCACAGCACACACACUCUCAUCACAUCGCACACAUCUCACAUCACACACACAAGCAAGCACACACGCACUACCCGCAGCGACAGCACUCGCUCACUCUGUCCAACUGUAGCACCUCCUAGACAUCAAACACGCUAUCGCUCGCGCCUUCACCCGCCGUUCCCGGGGUUCCUUUCGCAAGUCCCCAGCCUCGUCGUUACUAGACUCUAGACCCAGGCAUCCCUCACAUGUCGUCAGCAUCGAGAGCCGAGCUGGCCGCCGACAUUGCCGUCGCAGCGACGGGCGUCUUCACCGCCGCGUCGCCAUCAUUAGUCGCAGCACAAGCAGCAGCAGCGAACGGCGCCGAGGCUGACGCCGGUCCGAGCAGCCGUCGGCGCCCGUCGACAGCGGGGUACCGCUCUGCAUUUGAGCGGCGGCCCAGCGAAGGCGAGAACGCCAGUGCCAGCGCGAGCGGGAGCGGUAGCCGGACGCCGCGCCAGCGCAACCACUCACCCGAUACCACGCUCGACCGGCGCUCACCGCCGCGCGAGGCGAGCCCGCAUCUCGACCUCGCGAGCUACCCGACCCCGACGCUGCUCCGCCUCCUCGCAGCCCUGUUACAGCAGAUUGCUACGGCCAACGACCAGCUGCGCGCCGAGCAGGAGGAGGACAAGGAGGGCGAGGACAAGACGGCGGCGGCGGAGAGCGCACAGCCCCAGCCGCAGGCGGCCAACGAACACGACGAGAUCAGCUCGACGGCCACGGCGGGUACGGGCAGCGCGCAGUCGCGCUCGAGCAUCGCGCACCCCUCCCCGACGACGGCGCUGUUCCACGACGAGCCGCCCCCCGACCUCGCGGCGGGCGACAGACUGUUCACCGCGAGCAAGGUGUCGCUGUCGCAUCCGUCGUCGAUUCUCAGCUUUCACGCGCGCCACGUUCCGUCCAUCUCGAUCGAGGCGUACCUCCUGCGUAUCCUCAAGUACUGCCCCACGACCAACGAGGUCUUCCUCGGCCUCCUGGUCUACUUUGACCGCAUGAGCAAGCUCGGCACCCCGAGCGGCGUGGGCGGGACCAGCGCCGCCGUCGGGCCAAGGGGAUUCGCCAUCGACUCGUACAACGUGCAUCGUCUGCUCAUCGCCGGUGUAACCGUCGCAAGCAAGUUCUUCUCGGACGUCUUCUACACAAACUCGCGUUACGCAAAGGUCGGCGGCUUGCCACCACACGAGUUGAACCAGCUCGAGCUGCAGUUCCUCCUGCUCAACAACUUUACGCUCAUGAUCCCCCCAGAGGAGAUGCAGCGCUACGGCGACCGCCUGCUCGCCUACUGGCAGGGACGCGAGCACGAAGCCGGCGUCGACUCGGUCCUGCCUGGCGAAGAGCACCGAGCUCGGCAGGCCGAGCGGGAGCACCGCGAGCGGGAGCGUGAGCGUGAGCGCGAGCGCAUGCGGCACCAGUCCAAGGAGCGACGUGAGAACGAGCGGGCGUCGACGCACACACCGAUGGACGUGGACGAGGCUGCGCCGAGGGCCCGCGACUCGACGACCUCGGCCCCGCCACAGCAGCCUUCAUCCACCGCCCCGACGACACCAGCACCAUCGACGCACAACCACCUCCACCGGUCCGCGUCGUUGCCUAGGCGAGGGGGCGACCAGCAGCAGCAGUCCGCCGCUUCUGCUCCCAACAGCACGACACGAGGACGACCAGGCGUCAGCUUUGCUCCCCAGCCAAAGCACUCGACAGCCGGGCUGCCGCACGAGCGCAGUACCACGGUGCCGUCGUCGUCGGCGUCGUCGAUGCUGCGGAGGUGGGCACACGGCGGGGACGGAGGGGUCGUUGGGGUUGAGCAGUAGACAGAGCUUGCGUGCGGGAGCGACUUGGACGGGGGCCGAGGGGGACGUAGCACCGGCCGGACGAACGGGCGACUGAUAAGCACUCGGGAGGCUUUCUCGGCUGGGUGUGCACCGUAACCGGCGGCGAGCGACAGGCGCGGGGGCCGAACUCGUCACGCCUCCAUGCAUUGAUAGUGAUUGAGGGCGAGUGAGCGGCGGCGACAGGGCUGGCUGUGGAUCGAAUGCCGAUGGCGUCGGGACGGCGUCGGCAAACUUCGGCUAGG